AUCUUUCAGCGUAUCGUGCGCAUCGUCCGGUCUUACGCGAACGCUCUGGUGAGCGCUGCCGAAGACCCGGAGAAAAUUCUCGACCAGACGGUGCUUGAGAUGAACGAGGAUCUUGCGAAGAUGAGGCAGGCGUCGGCGCAGGUGCUGGCGUCGCAGAAACAGCUGGAGAACAGGUACAAGGCGGCGGAGACCACGGCCAGCGACUGGUACCGGCGGGCACGACUGGCGCUCGAGAAAGGGGAUGAGAUGCUCGCCAAGGAGGCGCUAAAGAGGCGGAAGGAUUACGACGAUAGCGCCAAGGCACUUAAAGCGCAACUAGACCAGCGAAAAGUGGUCGUCGACAAACUCAUUUCCAACACGAGACUGCUGGAGACGAAGAUUCAGGAAGCGAAGUCGAGGAAGGACACGCUGAAAGCGCGCGCGCAGUCGGCGAAGACGAGCCAAAAGGUUCAGCAGAUGGUCGGGUCCAUAGAUACCAGCAGCGCGCUGGCGGCGUUUGAGAAAAUGGAAGAGAAGGUUCUGGCGCUGGAGUCCGAGGCGGAGGCUGUCGCGCAGAUUGGCACGGAUGACUUGGCCACUAAAUUCGCUCUCCUGGAAGGGGAUUCUGUCGAUGAUGACCUGGCGGCGCUCAAGAGAGAUAUGGUAGGCGGAGGAGCGGCGAAGAGACCGGCGGAGUUACCGCCGGCUGGGGGCGGAAGUGCCGCCCCACCAGCAUCAGCGGAGGCGGCUGGACCCUACCCCUACAAAGACCUAGAAAUCGAGAGAGAGCUAAAUGAACUGAGGAGGAAAGCGAAUGAACUUUGAACCAGGUCGUCGGUCGUCUUUGCUUGUAGACAUUGUCUCCACCUGCCUGCCCCGCCUGCGCAUAUCUGCCUGUAUCUGUAUGCUAUGCUUGUUUAAGGUCACCCACAUUCGAUCAUUACAUUGAGUCGUGUAUUCUGUAUAAGCCUUUCUACCGGGAAAAAAGAGAAAAAAAAAGAAAGGGAAAGAAAACAAAGACGGACAGAAUCUCUGUCUGCGUAUAUGCUAUGCUUGUCUAAUCUCAAUCUCACCUACGUUCAAUCAUUUCAUUAAGUCGUAUUUUCUUUGUUUAUCAGCCUUCCAACCCUCCCCAUGAAAAAAAGGAAAGGACAAAAUCUCGACCGGAGCUGGCCACCUCA